AUAUCUCUUGGGAUUUGGAAUUCCAACUCACAAGACAAAUCAUAUUUCGAAACGGAAAAUUCCGUUUUGAUCCUGGGUGGCACAACAUUAUGGCGCUAUCCAUUACUCUUUAAAAAGAGUAUAAAAUGAAGCAUUCUUUGUUGGCCCUGUUAAUUCUGUCGACGGCGAUUGUGAGCUUUGGAUUUGACGUGAAGGUUACAAAGGAAUGGAAAUAUGUUGAUUUUACUUGGGACAAUUCGAAGCACAGGAUAGAUACGGUUAAUGCUGGCCGUUACAGUACAUCCAAAUGUUUAUUAUACGAUGUAGACAAAGCAGAAGAUGGUAGAUUGUUCGUUACCACACCAAACGAACAAGGCCCUGGUUCACCUGCUACUUUGGCGACAGUAACUACUCAGAUAGGAUCAGGAUCAGGUCCACUUUUACGUCCAUAUCCAAAUUGGGGUUGGCAUAGUAGUAGUAGUACGUGCAAUAAUAUUGUAAAUGUUGCCCGAGUGCAUAUUCUAUGCAAUCACAUCUUCGUUCUGGAUAACGGCAAAACCGGGACCAACCAAGUUUGUAAUCCAAAACUAUUGAUCUUUAAUUUAAAAAAUGAUACGCUUGUUCAAAAGAUUGAUAUUCCUCCUGUUAUCGCGAAUAAUCGAACGGGCUCUGGAUUGUUGGUGACGCCUUUUGUUUAUGUUCCCUCCGGAAAAUGCGAUCGGCUACUGGACGAAAUGAUUGUAUUUAUGGCUGACACGCAAGGUUCCGGUAUAGUAAUAUAUGACUCGUCUACAAGGCGUAUGUGUAGAGUGGAAUCUGAUUGCAUGAAACCAACUGAUCCCCAUUUCUCCAUAGCAGGCCAAAAUUUUACUUACAAUGGCGGAAUCUCUAGCAUGACAGUCAUUGGCAAAGAUUUGUAUUAUGCUCCUGCAGCGGGAAAAGAAGUCUAUAAAAUAAAAAUAUGCACGCUACUAGAAUGUCCAAAUAAAGAAAGGGCUAAUAAACAAAGUGAACUCGCGUUUAAAUUGUCAAGUCAAACAGGACCGAUCACAUCAGUGAAAAAUGUAAUAGUCUAUAGCAAUCUUUGGAAUAUGUCUAUCAUAUACAAGAAUGAAGAUUCGAGGGGUUGGGGUUGGGAUUGGCCUUGGAAUUGGAAUAAGAAGGGAAACCCGGUGGUACUCGCGCAAGACUCUGAAAAAUUGCAAUCUAUAAAUGGACUAAAAUAUUUGUCUUCUUUAAACAAGAUAAUCUAUUUAUCAAAUAGACAUCAGGUUACUGCAAAUAAUAAAAUGACGACAAGCGAAAUGAACUUCCGCUAUGGCGAAAUAGACUGGGUAUAAAUACGGGCGAAAACAAAUUUAAAUAACUACGAAGCCUUGGUCUCCAAUAUUUUAAUAUAUUUCACGUAUAUUUUAACACUCGUACUAUUGAAAUUUACAUGUAUAUGUGAGAAUUACGUAACACAUAAAUGUAUUCGUUUUAUUAUAAAAGAUUGAUUUUCUGUAAACCUUUUCAAUUUAACUUUAAGAAAAUUUGAAGAUUUAUAAAUUAUACAUACACAUAAAAAUAAUUAAUUGAUAUAUAAGUGAAUAAUAAACUACUUCAAAAGAGUUCUGCAAAUAUAA